AUGUCGAACAUCACUUAUGUCAAAGGUAACAUCUUAAAACCAAAGUCAUAUGCUAGGAUCCUCAUCCAUUCUUGCAACUGCAAUGGCUCGUGGGGUGGUGGGAUCGCUUAUCAACUUGCUUUGCGCUACCCAAAAGCAGAGAAAGAUUACGUUGAAGUAUGCGAAAAGUAUGGUUCUAAUUUACUAGGCAAAUGCAUAUUACUUCCCAGUUACGAAAACUCAGAUCUGCUGAUUUGUUGCUUGUUUACAUCAUCAUUUGGAGGUUCAAGUCAUGGAGAAAAGCAAAGUAUUUUGAAUUAUACAAAACUUGCUUUAGAUAAAUUGAAGACCUUUAGAGAAGCAAAAGACAAAACUCGAACAAGUGAAGAUUCAAUCGGUGACUAUUUAAACGGCCACAUCAAAUACCCAAUAGGGGAAUAUAAAUUGGAAAUGCCACAGAUAAAUAGUGGCAUAUUCGGAGUCCCUUGGAAAGAGACAGAACGCGUGUUAGAAGAAUUUAGUGGCGACAUGAGUUUUACAGUAUAUCAGCUGUAA